GCUAAGCUGGUUAGUAUUGGUGGGAACAGGAAGGUGGCAGAGGAGCUGGGUGCUGCCCUGGGAGCUGCCUCUGAUUCAUCACUGCCCAUUUGACACCCGUGAUUGCUGUGAGGAGGAUGCAGCCACUGGCCUAAUCCCAGCAGGAGGCUGGGAACGUAUUGUACUUGCCAGGUCUCCAAGAUAACACUCCUGUUCCUGUCACCUUCCUUCUCUGCUGGGAAUGGAUAACAAAACUCACUGGGAGUUCAGGGACUAUUUUGCAAGACUUGCCUGUGACUCAGGUGGCUGCUUCUGCCCUAUUGCUGUACCUGCACUGGCUCCCAGCCUUGAUGUUGCUGGGGAGUGGGGUGUGAGGCCUGGCCCCUGGUUUUGUAACCAGUGGGUUGUCAAAACGACAUCUGCUGUCAAGGGGCUGCCUCGGGGAGGUGGGGGACUGCUGUGGGAGACAGGAGAUGGCUUCUUGCUGCCAAGAACUAAAGCCCUGGGGGUUUCUACCUGCUAAGCUGUUGUCCUCCCCCAGCUGGGACACCCGGGGGCCAACACCCAGGCUCUCUCAGCCACUGUUGUACUCAAUCUCCUGGGGGCUUCACCCGUCUUCCUCCUGUGCAGACCCUGCCUUGUCUCUAAUCCCAAAGCAUCGGGGGGCAAACCAGCAUGUUCAGAAUCCUGUGAUACUCAGCCAGCACCCCAUGUGCUGGACACUGGGGGGCCCAGCUUGGCCCCACAUCCCUGUCGAGCCCAUAGAUGCUCCCCCAGGGGCGGGGGCGGUCAUGGGAUGCCGGUCACGGGAGUGCCUGAGGGAUGCGUAUCCCCAGGCGCAGGCGACACAGAGCACAGGGGGCAUGAAGUGCUGGGGACACAAGGCAUGUUCAGGGGGCUCAGGGACGUGGCGGCGCAUCGACACGCAUCAGCGUCCAGGUGAGGGUCCCUGUGCGGUGGCGUCGCGCCACGUCGCGGGGCCGGGGCCGAGGGCGGCUCCCGGUGAGUCACGGCGCUGCCUCUCGCCCCUCCCCGCGCCGCCUCAAAAAGCGCCGCGGUGCCGAGCGCCGCCGCCCCGUGCCUGAGCCGCGGACUCUCCGUAUGUACCGGAGCGGUGGGCAGACAGCCUUGGGGGGCACCAGCCACGACUUGAGUGACCUCGGGAGGAGGAUGCUGGGGGGUACGGGAUAUCCCAGACUCGGGGGGUGAUGGACGGAUACGAGGAGCCCCUGGGAAGCCCUGCCUGGAUCUUCCUGCUCUGCUGGGGCCUGGCUGCUUACUGCACAGGUGCCAUGGCCUUGCAGCCGCCCAGCAUCACCACCCUGCGGAUGCCAGCAGAGCUUCCUCACCCAGGUGAGAGUGUGACUGUGUCAUGUGAAGCGUUGAGUGAGCUGCCAGAGUUGACACUGCUCUACUGGCUGGAGAACGGCUUCUUUGUGGAGAGCCUGCACCCAGAUGGGGCUGUGCGUGAGGGGACAGUGCAAGAGGAGCUGCAGGGCUCAGGGUGGGCCUUGCACCGUGACCUGCACUUCAGCUCCUUCAACAACCAGCACCUGCACACCAACUUCACCUGCAUGGUGCUCAGUCCCUGCGGUGCUGACACCAGGGAGGUGCGAUGGCCGUCCCGAGCACUGGCCCCUGUCACUGGGAAGAGUGGGGGCCUGGGCUGAGACGGGGGAGCAUCUCCCAUGCUGGGUGAACACCCUGCAGUGCAGCUUCCUGCUCUGACUGCCCCCUACUACUGCAUGCACAUGUAAUACCUCCAGGACGCCUGUCUCUGUGACCUGCUUGGGGGACUGCACGGCCCUACAUGUGCUGGCCCACUGUGAGUGGGGCUUCUGGUGCCUCAAGCUGAGUCAGGAGCGCUGCCUGGGCUGGAACCAGCUCUGCCCACAGCUGGCUCUGGGACCCCAGAGUUUAUUAAAGUACAUCAAGCUGCCCAGUGUCACCUGUAUCCUGGGGAUGGUGCUGCCCA